CUCCAAUGUUCGCGAAUCGCGCACAGCGCAGGUAUAUAUAAACAUGAUCUCUGAUAGUUCGCAAGUGUUUCGUACAGAGCCACUUUCUGAUUGCCAUCCCCAGCCUUGUCGAUUCCCUCCCCAGAACCAUGGCUCGCAUUUCACUCCUCGCCAACCUCCUGGCCUUUGCCGCGACUGCCUACGCACAAUGCGGCGCUGGCAGCCCGGAAGCGACCGUUGGCGGGAGCAGCGGAAAUUACGUUGCUACCGCUAAUGGCGGCCAGGUUUAUGCUGGCUCCGACUACCGCCUGGCCAUCCAGACUGCCAUUGACUCUAUUUCCGCCGGGCAGCGCGUAUCGGUCCUUGCCUCAGGUAGCAUUGGUGCGAGCAGCAUCGAUAUUUCCAGCGGCAAGACCUUUGAGGUCUGUGGGACGCUCGAUGUCGGCUUCAACAACGCCCGUGGAGCCAUUCGCUCCCGAGACACCUCCGAUGUCUCGAUCCCCUAUCUCACCAUGACGGGCAAUCCGUAUUUCGGCAUGCAAUUUUAUGGCACGUCCAACCUGCAUCUCGGCGAAAUCGUCAUGAACCUAAGCGGCGGCAUUGGUAUUCGCUUUGACCGUGACGCUGCGUCCAAUUCCGACGUGAGCAUGGAUAGCAUCCGCGUCACUGGCGCAGGCAGCCAUGCCGUGGAGACCUUCAACAUCGACGGCCUUAGCAUUGGCGAAGUCAUCGCCACAAACUGCGGCGAGUCUGGACUUCUCAUCCAGACCUCCACGAAUGUCCAGGUCGGCUACGUCGAGGGCAACAACGUCGGUUCUGGUACCGGCUACGCUACACUCCGCUUCGCCAACAACAACGGCCAGCUGGUCGACGGCAGCUACAACACCAACGUCUACGUAGACCGUGUCGUCUCGCGCGGUGGCGGUCGCGGCGUCUUCUGCGUGUCCCAGUCCGGCGGCGCGGAAAUUGGAUACGUCGAUCUGGCUGACAAUGGCAACAAUGCCGUCCUCAUCGAGAACUGCUACAACCUGUCCAUUCUUGGUGGGACUGUUUCUGGAGGUGGAGAGGUUCGUAUCGCGGCACGCGACGAGUUCCCCAACACCAGGGAUGUCUCCAUCACACUGAGGGUGGACGGCACGACCGUUCGGGAGAGCCCGUGCGGUGAGAACAUUAGCUGGAACUUGUCGGGUAAUGGCGCACGCAACAUUUGCUGAGUGGCGAUGGUCUUUUAUUUGCCGUAGGGCAAGCCUUUAUUCAAAACAUAAAUUUAGUCUCCGUUUGAUAUGUCAUGAUACCUUUCGCCCGUGAUAACGCAAACUUACGUAGCUUCCUUAUAUAAACACUCGUAAGCCGCUUCGCAGGCUUGCUUAAAGAGAUGGGUGUGAUG